UGGCAUCUGCUAGUAAAUCUAUCACCGGAUCGAUUGGAUCAGUUGUCAUAGCUGGAGUUUUAUGUUUAUAGUGGGCUCCUCUGGGUAAAUUAUUAGCAGCAAUGAGUGGAAAUAAAAUUUAUAAUGCGUAUUUUAUCCUAAUGUCUCCGUGGUCACAGCUGGGAGCAGGGUCCGGAUGAGAACUUCAGAGCAGUCUCUGGUGAUGAAUCCACUUCUCUCUGUUUUUCUUGUACUCGCUCCCUCAGGCGUGGCCCACAUCAUGUUUAAGGUGGAGAUCAUGUCCAACGAAGACCGGGAGUGGCACGAGUCCUUUUCUCUGGUGCUGGGCCCAGAUGAUCCUGUGGAAGCAGUUCUAGGAGACAGCAGCACUGCCACAGUGACUAUUUUGGAUCAGGAGGCAGCGGGGAGCCCGAUUCUCCCAGCACCUCCCGUGGUGGUCACCGUGGCUGGUCACUACGACCGCGUGGAAGAAGUGACCAAGGAGGGUGCGAAGAAAUCCCCCUCCCCAGGCUACCCCCUCGUCUGUGUCACUCCCUGUGACCUUCACGUCCCCAAGUACGCCCUGAUGAAGGAGCGCUGCGGCGAGGCCGGGAUCAACCAGUCUUCCAUACAGUUCAGCUGGGAAGUGGCCGCCCCCACGGACGGGAACGGAAGCCCGCUGGCCUUUCGAGACCAUCACGGACAACACGCCCUUCACCAGCGUCAACCACAGGGUACGCGGGCGGGGAGGCACCGGUGGGGCUGCGGAGAUUCUGGCCUAAAAAUCUCAUUGGAUUUGGGACUAGCUGGGAGGCCUGGGUGCUUUUCAUUUAUUUCAUUUAUUUUCCAUUUCAUUCAUUUUCCAUUUAUUUUAUUCUCUAAAUCUUCAGAGUGCCAGGAAAAUACUGGUUUCUUUUAAUGUAGGGCCGUACUGGAAAUACAAA